ACCAGCACGGAGCAACAUGAGAUAGCGCCGGGGCACCCUCCCGGCACCCCGCCAGCCAGGGGGCAUCCUGGGGUCCAGGGUGGAGUGCAUGGUCUGCACUCCACAGCCCACUCAAGGUCACAGACAAGUGUCUACACACGGUGGGUGGCGGGGAGCGGGCCCAGUGCCACUGCCCCAGUAAUGUGUCUCCCUGCCCCUCCCCAGGCCCCUGGCCCCGACAUGGCCCGUCGCUCCCAGAGCUCCUCGCAGGGGGACAACCCACUGGCACCUGGGUACCUGCCACCUCACUACAAAGAGUACUACCGUCUGGCAGUGGAUGCCCUGGCUGAGGGAGGGCCAGAGGCCUACAGCCGCUUCCUGGCGUCUGAGGGGGCACCUGCCUUCCUGUGCCCUGAGGAGCUGGAGCAUGUGAGCCGCCACUUGCGGCCCCCACAGCAUGUUGCUCGCGAGCCCCCUGAAGGCAGCCCUCCCAAUGUGGACAUGGAUGGCUCCUCAGGCACUUACUGGCCCAUGAACUCAGACCAGGCAGUGCCUGAGCUUGACCUAGGCUGGCCCCUGACCUUCGGCUUCCAGGGCACUGAAGUCACGACCCUGGUACAGCCACCACCGCCUGACAGCCCCAGCAUCAAGGAUGAGGCUCGAAGGAUGAUCCGCUCUGCCCAGCAGGUGGUGGCCGUGGUGAUGGACAUGUUCACCGACGUGGACCUGCUUGGUGAAGUGCUGGAGGCAGCGGCUCGCCGCGUCCCGGUCUACAUCCUCUUGGAUGAGAUGAAUGCGCAGCACUUCCUAGACAUGGCCGACAAGUGCCGCGUCAACCUGCACCACGUGGAUUUCCUGCGCGUGCGCACUGUGGCAGGCCCCACCUACUACUGCCGCACCGGGAAGUCCUUCAAGGGCCACGUGAAGGAGAAGUUCCUGCUAGUGGACUGUGCCGUGGUUAUGAGUGGGAGCUACAGCUUCAUGUGGUCCUUCGAGAAGAUCCACCGAAGCCUGGCGCACGUGUUCCAGGGCGAGCUGGUCUCCAGCUUCGAUGAGGAGUUCCGCAUCCUGUUCGCGCAGUCCGAGCCUCUGGUGCCCUCAGCCGGGGCACUGGCCCGCAUGGAUGCUUACGCCCUGGCUCCAUACGCGGGAGCCGGGCCGCUUGUGGGCGGCCAGGUGACCGGGGCGCCUACCCCUUUCUCCUUCCCCAAACGAGCGCACCUCCUGUUCCCACCGCCUCGGGAAGAGGGCCUGGGUUUCCCCUCCUUCCUCGACCCCGACCGGCACUUCUUGUCGGCCUUCCGCCGGGAGGAGCCAGCGCGGAUGCCCGCGGGAGCCCUGGAGCCGCACGCGGGACUGCGGCCGCUAUCGCGGCGGCUGGACGCGGAGGCAGGACUAGGGGGAGAGCUCGCGGGCCCGCGGGGCUUCUUUCAGGCCCGGCAUCUGGAGAUGGACACCUUCAAGCGGCACAGCUACGCGGCCGCCGACGGCACCGGCGCGGUGGAGAACUUUGCGGCUGCGCGGCAGGUGUCGCGGCAGGCGUUCCUCAGCCACGGUGACGACUUCCGCUUCCAGACCAGUCACUUCCACCGUGACCAGCUCUACCAGCAGCAUUACCAAUGGGACCCACAGCUCGCGCCGGCGCGGCCGCAGGGCCUGUUUGAGAAGCUGCGCGCUGGCCGCCCCGGCUUCGCCGAGCACGACGACUUCGCGCUGGGGCCCGGGCCACGCUUCCCUGAGCUCGGCCCUGACGGACACCAGCGGCUGGAUUACGUGCCGUCCAGCGCGUCGCGCGAGGUGCGCCACGGCUCAGACCCCGCCUCGGGGCCCGGGCCCCGCGGCCUGGAACCCAGCGGAGCCCCACGCCCCAACCUGGGCCAGCGCUUCCCGUGCCAGGCAGUGGCAAGGCAGGGCCCAGACGCCGCGCCCGACGCAGAGCAGGAGCGCAGGGGCGGACCCGAGGGGCGGGCCGGGCUGCGGCACUGGCGCUUGGCGUCCUACCUGAGUGGUUGCCAUGGCGAGGACGCGGGCGAGGAGGGCCUGCUGGCACCCAUGGAGGCUGAGGCCUAUGAAGACGACGUUCUGGUGUCCGGUGGCCGAAUGGUCCCCGGGGACCUGCUCCCCUCAGCCUCCCGUGCGCCCUUCCCGGCCAAGGGCCUGGUGUCCUGCUCCGGCGGCGGUGGUGGCGACAGCCCAGAGCGGGAGGGCCUGGAGGAGGCAGGUCUGGCCAAGCAGGACUCCUUCCGCUCGCGCUUGAACCCGCUGAUCCAGCGCAGCUCGCGCCUGCGCUCCUCCCUGAUCUUCAGCGCUUCGCAGGCCGAGGGCGCCGGUGGGGCCAUGGCGGCCACUACCGAGAAGGCGCAGCUGCUGCACAAGGAGCAGGCGGUCAGCGAGAUGCUGGGCUCCGGUGGCGAGGCCAUGCGCUCCGCCACUUCCACCAAGGUGGCCGAGCUCCUGGAGAAAUACAAGGGCCCGGCGCGUGAUGCCGGAGGGGCGGGGGCCCCAGUCACAGUCGCCAGCCAUAGCAAGGCUGUUGUGUCCCAGGCGUGGCGGGAGGAGGCGGUGGCGCCGGGUGGGGCGGGAAGCGAGCGCCGCAGCCUCGAGAGUUGCCUGCUGGACCUGCGCGACUCCUUCGCACAGCGGCUGCACCAGGAGGCUGAGAGGCAGCCGGGAGCAGCCACGCUUACUGCCACCCAGCUGCUAGACACGCUGGGCCGGAGCGGCACCGACCGGCUGCCCUCUCGCUUUCUCUCUGCCCAGGGUCGCUCCGCCUCCCCACAAGGGCGGGUCAGUCCCCCGCUGGAGGGGCCUGGGCCUCGCCAGGCACCUCACCCUGAGCCGAAAGGGAGCCCCACCGCGGCCUAUCCCGAGCGCAGGGGCAGCCCGGUCCCCGCUGUGCCGGAGCGCAGGGGCAGCCCGGUCCCCGCUGUGCCGGAGCGCAGGGGCAGCCCCGUCCCCGCUGUGCCGGAGCGCAGGGGCAGCCCCGUCCCCCCUGUGCCGGAGCGCAGGGGCAGCCCCGUCCCCGCUGUGCCGGAGCGCAGGGGCAGCCCCGUCCCCCCUGUGCCGGAGCGCAGGGGCAGCCUCACCCUUCCCUUCUCCGAGGAGUCUCCCAAGACUGGGGCCGCAGAGGAGACGGCUGGCGGCCCCAUGGAAGUCUUGCGCAAGGGCUCUCUGCGUCUCCGCCAGCUGCUGAGCCCCAAGGCUGAGCGGCGCACAGAGGAAGAGGGUGGCUUCCCAGCGCCGCAGGAGAACGGGCAGCCCGAGAGCCCCCGGCGGCCGUCGCUGGGCAGGGCUGAGAGCACUGAGGCUGCCACUGGAGACGAGCGGGGCCCGCGGGCGCGCAUGGGCUCCACCACGGCCAACGCCUUGUACAGCAGCAACCUGCGGGAUGACACGAAAGCCAUUCUGGAGCAGAUCAGCGCCCACGGCCAGAAACACCGCGGGGUCCCCGCCCCGGCCCCGGGCCUGGCUCACAGCAGUCCUGAACUAGGCCGCUCACCAGCUGCUGGCGGCCUGGCCCCUGACAUGUCCGACAAGGACAAAUGCUCUGCCAUCUUCCGCUCGGACAGCCUGGGGGCCCAGGGAAGGCUGAGCCGCACCCUGCCUGCCAGCGCCGAGGACCGCGACCGGCUGCUGCUCCGCAUGGAGAGCAUGCGCAAGGAGAAGCGCGUCUACAGCCGGUUUGAGGUCUUCUGCAAAAAGGAAGAGGCCGGAGGCCCGGGGGCAGGGGAGGGCACAGCAGAGGACGACACCAGGGACAGCAAGGUGGGCAAGUUCAUGCCCAGGAUCCUGGGUACUUUCAAAAGGAAGUGAGCCUCCUGGCCCCCCAGCCCCGGACCAGGCACCCGCCUCGCUGCCAGCCACCAGGCAGAGCACCUGGCACUCCUCCCCUCAAGGCGGCGUGGAAGCGGCUGAGCACCGUCAGAGCUCGGCUGCGCCUGGAGCUCACCCAGUAGCUGGCCUGCCUUUUGCCCUGGCCCCUCCCCGCUGGGGCGCUAGCCCCUCACUGCCCCACGCCUUAUUCCUCCAGCUCCAUCUCUGCCCCUGGGCCCUGAGGCUCCCCUUCCUACGCAUCUGCCUCCACCAUCUCUCUGGGCUUCAGGUCCCCUUUAGACCUUCAUUCACCUCAGGGCCCCAUCUUUUUGUGCCUUAGGCCCCCACCUUUUGGGGGGCCCAUCUCUGUGCCUCAGGCCCCCAUCUUUGGGGGUUCCACAUCUCAGGGCUUCCAUGUCUCAGGGUUCCCCUCUGCUCACUGCCUCCUGGUUCUACAGCUUCCUCACAGCUGCCUCGUGCCUGCCUCCUUGGCAGCUCCAGCCUCUCCCCCUGGGCCGGCCGGUGUCUCCCCCUCCACCCCCGCUGGCUCAGGGCUCCCUUCCUGCCCUGCUUGCAUUCCUCCUCACUGCCUCCCUCUCUGCGUCCUGGCACCCUCUUCAGCAGCCCACCCUUUCACGGUGGGGAGGCAGAGCUGGUUGACUGUCCUGCCAGGAGAACGGAGACCGACCUGGCCACUCUUCCUGCAGGGCUGCAGCCAGCACCCCAGCCCCCCGCAAGGGGUGAGAGCGCCGGGGUGUGCAGCACAAUAAAGCCGGGUCUCCAUGGAUGCUGGGCCUUGGCCCUGCCCUGGAAUGCUUGUACUUGAACAGGUGAGGGCAGGGCUCUGGUGUGGUGGUGCCUGAGCCCCAGCCCAUUGCUCCACGGGUCCUGGCCCUUCAGGUGCUCAGCAGACCCCGACUCCACCCUGGUCUGGAUCUUUCCCUCUUUGUCACCAACCUGCAAAAUCAGAGUUUCCCCACCUACCUUUCCUGUAUCUUUUUCACCUCUGGGGAGUGACUUUGAUUUGGAAUAACACAUUUUAACACGAAAUGCUUAGGAAGUCCCCCACUGUAAGUGCUAGCAUCGUGAACUUAGUAUUUCUGCAACCUUUUUUUUUUUUUUUUAAGAAAAAGAAAUCGAAAUCACGCAGACUGGGAAAGGAUUUAAGGAACAAGGCCACUGAGCAAAGGCAGCAGUUCUGACUCCAGACAGCUGGAGAAGGGAGGGCGGGGAGGCUGGGGGAUACUUUGGUUCAGGUGGAAAAAAGGUCACUGAGAAGCCAGAUGCGCUGGAGUGUUCCUUGGCCUUGAUGUGCUUGCUGACCUGUUUGCUCUCGUGUGCUUGGCGCGGCCCGUUGCUAAGGGGGAGCCCGUGCAGCCUCCUGUCUGCAUCCUCCACGUCGUGCUGAAUAACACAUCUCAAAUGUGAUUCUGCACAUUUUGGUGUUAACAAUAAAACAACAAAAUAUUCCAACA